GACAAACUAUCAUCACAAGGCACCAAGAUGAUCUUAAUCAGACAUAUCUGUGUACUUCUUCUCUCUCAACUUUAUCUGAUUCAAAGUGAGGAUGUUCACCAACAUAUUCAUUUGACCACCGCUGAACCCGGUGGAACAGUAACACUGCAGUGUGCAAUAUCAGAAUCAUAUUUUCCCUGGACAUGCUGGUACAGACAAACUAUUAAACACGUGUUCCAACGUGUAGUAGUUUACAAUGGAACUAAAUCAACUGUUUUGGUAGAAGGUUUCUCUGCAAAUAUGGUGAAUGGUACUUAUAAUCUAAACAUCCAAAACAUAACCAGUUCAGACAAGGGAAUAUACUUCUGUACAACCGGAACAACGUUAAGGAUGGAAUUCAGAAACGGCACCUUUGUUACUGUAAAGGGUAACUGUCCUUUAACCAGCCUAUGCAAGAACAACCUUAGCCCCUCUGAUUCUGGGACCUACUACUGUGCAGUGGCCACAUGUGGAGAGAUACUGUUUGGCAAUGGAACAAGACUGGAUGUUGAACCAGCAGUGGAUCUCAUAGUUUCCAUCCUGGGGGUGUCUUUGGCUGUGUGCGUUGUUUUGAUCAUUAUCCUCAUCUGUACCAGAAAUAUAGGGACAGUGUUUGAGAAUUGCAAAGUGAGUGCCUUCUGUCACGGACAUGACAAGACAACUGAACAACAGUCAAGCGGUCCGGAAGGUGAAGACUUGAACUAUGCUGCUCUGCAGCUCUCGGAGAUGAAAGGUAAAAGAGGAAGAAGGAAGAGAGAGACCCCACAGGAGAGUGUGUACUCUGAUGUGAGGGGUUCUGACUGGGAGGGAAGUGGUCAACAGCAAAUCAGUAACCAUCUUCAGAGAACUGACUACCAGACAGUGUUGCAGCAGACAGAGUCUGAGCCAGUCCAUCCAGGAGACUCUGUGACUCUGCAGUGUUCAGUCCUCUCUGAGUCCUGUACAGGACAACACAGUGUGUUCUGGUUCAGAGCCGGGGCAGGAGAAUCCCAUCCAGGACUCCUUUACACCCAAGGAGACAGGAGUGAAGAGUGUGAGAAGAGACCUGAGACUCCCUCUCCUACACGGAGCUGUGUCUACAGCCUCUCCAAGAACAACCUCAACUCCUCUGAUACUGGGACUUACUACUGUGCAGUGGCCACAUGUGGAGAGAUACUGUUUGGCAGUGGAACAAGACUGGAAUUUGAACCAGCUGUGGAUCUCCUAGUUAUCGUACUCGGGGUAACUUUAGCUGUGUGUGUUGUGUUGAUCAUUAUACUCAUCUGUACCAGAAAGACACGGACAGUGUGUGAGAAUUGUAAAGUACGCAGUAACUAA